AUGGCCGGCGACGUGUACGGCAUGCGCGACGAGGUCAUGGCCCGCGACGAGCGCUACCGCCCCAGCCCUAACGGCGUGACCUGGGUCACCACGUACCAGCUCGACGGCGCCCCCCUGCUGGGCAGGGACGAAGGCGAGGUCGCGCGCGUGUUGGACGGCAGGAGGGACGCGCAGGUGCGCGACCCGGCCGUCGAGUGGAUCGACUUUGUCCCGGAGGACGCCGCCACGCCGCAGCCGGAGGAGACGCUGCUCACGGACUACUUCCCCCACUUCCACGCCGCCGAGCUCGAGGAACACCUGCCGUGGAAGGUCCGCGACGCACAGGGCGACAACAGCACGGCGUAUGUGUCCUCGUUCACCUGCUUCGAGGCCGUGCUGCACAUCUACCUGUACCAGGAGAUGCUCAUGGGCGGCGGCGUGGGGAACAUCGACCACCGCUUUCCCAAGGACAAGAAGGCGCGCAUCGCCGUCAUCGGCGCCGGGCCGUCGGGCAUCCUGUUCGCGUCGCAGCACCUAGUGAAGAACGGGUACGACAACUUUGUGAUCCUCGAGGCGUCGGACCGGUUUGGCGGCAAAACGCGGACCGUCCACCGCGAGGCGCCCGCCGAGCCCGGCAGGAACGUGCCGUGCGAGCUCGGUACGUGCUACCUGUCGCUGGGCUACGAGCCCAUGUUCCACCUGUUCGAGCAGUACGACGCCGGGCAGGUGGUGGCGCUGGACAAGGACACCAACCAGUUCAGGUCCAUCAUCGACCUGGACGUGGCCAAGACGCAGGAGGAACGCGAGAAUGGGGUCGAGUACGGCGACUGGACGCUGCGCAAGAACGGGAGGUUCAAGCUGUGGGAGCAGCUGGAGAUGUACGUGGCCGGUAUUCGGUACCUCGUGGUGCACUACGCCACCAUGGGCAUGACGAUGAACGACUGCAUGCCGGUGGAGCCGCCCACGGAGCUCAACGUGCUGGAGAACCUGCAGCGGCUGCUCAAGGAGGCGAUCGAGCAGUCGGACGAGGCCGACGAGAAGGAGGUGCCUGCCAAGGACCUGCUGGGCGUGCUUAAGAAGGAGAAGCGCGAGGAGGACAGCACGCCGCUCAAGGCACGCGGGCUGUUCGACUUGAUGGACGACUUUGGGCAGGACAUGGAUGAUGUCAAGGCGAUGGUGUCGGUGGACGGGCUGAAAAAGGCGUGCCGCAACGUGCUGAAUACGACGUUUGGGCAGUUUCUGGACGACAACGACAUGGACGAGCUGCGGUCGGUGUUCACAUACGGGUACCAGGUGCAGGGCUACGGCACGCUCGACGUGAUCCCGGCGUACUACGGGAUGGUGUGGAUGACGCCGGCCGUGCUGACCGGCAACAUUCGGCAGCUGUUCAACGCGGACGAGGCGGCUUCGCAGAGGGGCACCGUGAAUGUGGCCAGCAAGGGAUGGCUCACCCUGUGGGAGAAGAUGGUGGAGAGGGACUUGAAGGAUAAGAUCGUGUACAACGUGGCCAUCAGCAGCGUGGACCGCGUGAUGGACUAGUGGGGCGGCCCAUUUUAGAUAAGUAUGGUCGCGCGAGAUGCUUACUUGUACGUUUAGUUAGGGCCUUGCAUUCUUUGACGGUAAUGAUGAACGCUAAUGAUGAACAACAACAAGCUCGAGUGCAAGUUAGGUAAGGUAAGGAAUCAAUAAUGAAUCAAUGAUAAAGAAACGCGUUUCUUUAUGA